AUGACUGAUGAACUUUCUCCAUUAUUCUUAAUUAACAAAAGUGAAAAUAAAAAAAAGACCCUAAACAAAGAAGACAUUGAGAGUGGACAGAACCAAAAUUUUAAAGGAAUUUUUCAACAAAAACGAAAAGUAUUAUUUGGUCAAAAAAUUAAAGAGGUAAAAGGAAAGGAAGAAUGGACUAAAUCUCAAUCAAAUAGCUUUUCAAGAAAACUUUGUAAUGAUGAAUUUAUUAGUCAUGACUUAAAAGUGAGUACAUUUAAACGAUCUCAAUCAAUUCAACCAACACCUCAAAAAAGACUAAACCCAUCAAGGAAUCCUUGUUUAGUUGAUUCAGUCUACUUUCAACAACAAUCAGUUAAUUUAAAGAUGAAACAAUUAAAACAAAAAGAACAAAGUAAACAAAUUUAUUUAAAUAGAGAUGCAAAUAUUGGUACAACUGGCAUUAAACAACCAAUUAAAAGAACUCUACUUGAUAUUCAAUCAACUCAAUUUGAAAAUACUAUGGAAUCUAUUGGUUUAGAAGAAUUAGAAUGGGAAGACCAACAUAUUUUAAUAGAAGAAACUUCUCCAAUGAAAAGAAGAAGAAGUCCAAUAGUUCCCAUGUUUAAAAGUCAAAUGAAAAUAACUAAACUUCCUUUUACAAAAUUUACACCUAAAACUAAUGAGUUUCAACCAAUUGCACCAAUGAGUUGGAUUCUUGAAGGAAAAGAACCAACAAGAGAAGAAAUAUCUUCUAAUAUUGAACUUUAUUCAGAUAUGACUACUUUUAUUUCAAACAAAGAUCUAUGGAGAAAAAACAAUUUAUUAGACCAUCUUUCAUAUUAUGUUGAUCCAGAAAGAAUUUCUGUAUUAGCAUGUACAUGGAAUGUUAAUCAAUGCGUUUUUAAUCGAGGAGAAAUUGAUAGAUUAACAAGUGGAAUUAAAAACAAACCAGACAUUAUUGUGAUUGGAUUAGAAGAAUUAGAAAUGAGUUUUGAUGCUAUUAUUACAGGAAAAAAAUUUAGUGAUAAAUCAAUUCAAUGGGAAGCCUUACUACAAGAGUCAAUUAACAGGGGACAAAAUACUUAUAUUGAACUAGGAUAUUAUCAACUUUGUGGAGUUGUAUUAUAUGUAUUUUUUGAUGAAAGAUUAAAGAGUCAUAUUACAGAUGUUGGAUAUGGAGAUAUGAGAGUUGGUGCUAUGAGUGGAAAAUUAGCAAAUAAAGGAGGUGUUGCUUAUAGAAUGAGAAUAUAUGAUUCAACAAUAUGUUUUGUUGUAAGUCAUCUUGCAGCUCAUCAAAAUUUUUGUGAAAAGAGAAACGAAGAUUGGAAUGAGAUAAGUAAAAUGAAAAUAAGAUAUUUUGAUGUUGGUAGUGGAUGUAGAAAAGUUGUUGAACUCUUACAACAUGAUGUUGUUAUUUGGAUGGGAGAUUUAAAUUAUCGUAUUGAUAUGGAUGAUGUUGAAGUUAGAAAAUGUAUGAAAAUGAAAAAUUAUCUUGGACUUAUAAAACAUGAUCAGUUAUUAUAUUGUAUGCAGUCAAAUAAAGUUUUUAAUCAUUUUUGUGAAGCAGCAAUCAAAUUUGCACCAACAUUUAAAAUUAAAAUUGGUAAACAAGGAAUAUAUGAAGAGAAUAGAAUUCCUUCUUGGUGUGAUAGAGUUUUAUGGAAAACAGAAAAUAGACAUUAUGUAGAAGUAAAAGAAUAUAUGAGUCAUGAGUUAUAUUGUUCUGAUCAUAAACCAGUAACAUGUUUUAUGAAUAUUGAUUUACAAAAGAUUGAUAUUAAAUUACAACAAACAGUAAUAAAUUAUUUAGAUAAAGUAGAAAAAAUAUAUAGUAAAGUAGUUUGUCCAAAGAUUAUAAUUGAACCUUCUAUUAUUACUAUAGACCAAGUUAAAUUAUUUGAAAAAUAUCAAUUUAAAAUACAGUUAAAAAAUAUUGGAAAGUUUGGAACAUGUUAUGAAAUAGAAAAUGGGGAUGGAAUAUUUUUUAAAGAUGAAUGGCUUUCAAUUAAGAAAUGUGAAGGAUUUAUAGAUAUUUUAGAAGGAAAAGAUGUUGCUAGUAUUGAUUGUGAAAUAUACAUUGAUGAGAAAUAUGUUUGGAUGUAUCAAGAACAAAAUUCAUUAAUGAAAGUUAUUAAAAUAAAAUUAGGUGAAGGAAAUGAAUUUAUUACUUUUAGUAUUGUUUUGAAAACUACACCAAAUAUCAUUGGAAUGAACUUAGAAACAUUAAAUAGACUUAAUAAGCCAUUAAUUUCAAAUGAUAAAAUUCAAAAGAAAUAUCAACCCAUUCCUUUUUUUAUUCCAAAAGAAAUAUAUCGAUUGAUUGAUUAUAUUAUUCAACAUUAUGAACCUAAUUGUUUUAUUAAAAAAGAUCCUUGUAAUUAUCUUAAAGAACAACUUAUUGAAGUUAUUCAAUGUUUAAAUAAAGAAAAAGAAUUUAUUUCAGGACCUAUUCAAUUAUAUUGUGAUGCUUUAUUACUAGUAUUAUCAGGUCUUCAUAAAUGUGUUAUUUUUUAUUCUUUUACUGAUUCAGACUUAGUAUUAAAUGACCAAACCCUUUUACAAGUAGUUAAUUUCAUUAUCCCAGAUGAAUAUAACCACCUUUUUGUAUAUUUAAUUUCUUUCUUAAAAAAGAUGAUUUGUCUUGGUGAAAAUGAAGUUCUUUUAAUUACUAGAUUUACUCCUCCUAUAUUUCGAUGUUAUGAUCCAACUAAAUUAUUACCUUUUACUCACUUUCUUGAAUAUGUCCUUCAUUCUCCUCUUUCUUUAUUUUAUCAAUAA